AUGACUCAUUUCCUUCACGUUGUGACCCACCGUCAUCAGCAUCAGCAUCAGCAUCGACGGCGUCCCCGUCGUCGCUGUUGUCGUUGUUCCUCUCACUCACUGACCACCACCACGGCCGUCGACGCACUCGCCGCCGAUAGCCACAGACACCGGACAAUCGCGCAAGCGGGCGGCAUGAAGCGCAGGGCCGAGCUGACACUCAUCUGGCACUCAUGCAAGCAGCCGUUCUGGCCCCUGGACCUGGAACCCUCCGGUACGUAUGCGUCGUGUUAUGUGCUGUUUAUGGUCGCGUUCGUGUACUCUCGUCCGACGUCCGGUCCGAUCCGGUCCUUUCAAGACCACGGUUUUACUAUUAAUGGUGUAAAGUGGUGUAAAAUAGAAAAAGCGGUGCGCGCCCGUGAGCAGUCGCGUUUCCGAGCUGAUGUUCGAGAAACCGACCGAACCGAACAGACAGCCAUCGUUCGUCGUCGCUGCUGCGGCCGUUGUCCUCCUCACCAGGACACGAUACGAUAA